AUGUCCGCACCACCUGGCCCUCCUCCAGGUCCGCCCCCUGGCCCGCCUCCUGGUGCGCCGCCCCUGCAAUCUCCAAUCGCGGACACAAGCACACGAACUUCUGCAGAUCCCGGCUCAUCCGCUGGUACUUCGAAGGCCAAGUCGGCGACGACCACCGCCACAACGGCGCCAUCACCUGCACCUGUAGCCGGCCCUUCAACACUGCAGAACGACGUUCCGACAACUGAUCCGCCUGCGCUGCCGCAGAGAUCUAUCCAGCAAGAAUCUACGUCCUUCUUUCAGGAAUUAGAGAUGGAUCGGAUAUUGACUUCUUUCAAGCUCAACCCUUACGACGUGCUCGAGGCGCCUUUUGAAGCUGAUCUGAAGGAGAUCACAAAGAUUUACAGGAAGAAGAGCUUGCUGAUACAUCCUGACAAGGUCAAAGAUCGUGAGCAACUAAGACUCAAUAGCAAGUCGACCAUGCGCUGGCAAGAUGCAUCGACUGAGCAAUAUGCCCUUCUCGCCCCUCUGUCUCGUACCAGCUCGCGCAGUGACUGCUUUCGACAUGUUAAAGAAAGCAGCAACGGUGCUACAGGACGAAGAGCAGCGAUCAAAGUUGGACGAGGUGGUCAUCGAUGCCAAAGUCAUGGUCCUUCAGGACUUGAAAUUUCCACGAGAUCUCUCCGCGGACGAUGCUCGAUUAGCCGACUUGGUGCCUUCGUUUGAAGAAAGGGUGCGCAAGCAGACCAAGGAAUUGAUGAUAGAUGAUGAGCUCAGAAAGAGAAAGUGAGUAGCUCGUCCUGAUAGAGGCGCGCUGUCAGUGCGACCCGUGGGUCUGAUUGUGAUUGGGCUGUGCUCUUGAUCAGGGCGAUCAAACUUCAGCAUGAGACCGAAGGGGAAGAGCAGCGCAAGAAGGAAGCUGCUGCUGCGGAACGGAAGCGCAAAGCAGAUGAAAAGGAUCAGUGGGAGAAUGGUAGAGAGCAUCGGGUGCAAGGUGAGUCGAUCGUCUCGCUUAGGAGGGGGAAGGGGUGCUUUUGUACAGCAAGGCAAGCUGAUCUCAGAAGCUCAUAACCGGUCACCACUACAUUGCACCAGGCUGGCGAUCAUUCCAAAAAGGUACAAAGAAGAAACGCAAAGACGAAAAUGUGCUUGGUUGA